UCUGACCUUCAAGCACACGGAACCCUGUAACGGGAGAUCGGUUGGGGACUGUCGAGAGAGAAAUACCCAAUCUAAACUUCUGACAUUUGAACCGUUCAUCACCAUCAUCAUCAGUGCGUGUACUGGCACCCGCCGGAUCAGCUGGACUAUACUUUUUCUUUUUUGGUAACAAGACAUUCAGGGGAGAGGAAAACCAUUUAUUCCUGCCUUGACUUCUCCCCGUUCCUCAUCUCUACACCGAGUUGUAUUCGUUUCCCCGUUUGCUUUGCACACUUGCAGAGGAGGUAAACUGAGCUGAGUGUGCCUCUUGUGUGUGUAUGCCUCUUGUGUGUGUAUGCCUGUCUCGCAGCAGAACCAGUCGGAUGCUCUGAGCCUACCGGACGCAGAGCUGUAUAUGGAAGUUGUAGGCUAUAAGGCAGAAGCGAGCUGUUGCACAUUGCGUCGUUCAAGAGCGGGAGCCAUGCUGUUCCACGGGAUCUCCGGUGACCACAUCCAGGGCAUCAUGGAGGAGAUGGAGAGGAGAUCCAAAACCGACUCGCGCCUGGCCAAGGGCGUGCGGCUCAACGGAAGGGAAGCGACCAUGCCUUCCAUGGGCCCUGAGAAACCCGCGUUGUGUGCCGGCUGUGGAGGCAAAAUAUCGGAUAGAUAUUAUCUGCUCGCUGUGGACAAACAAUGGCACCUACGGUGCCUCAAAUGCUGUGAAUGUAAACAGCAUUUGGAGUCAGAGCUCACGUGUUUCGCCAAGGAUGGCAGCAUCUACUGCAAGGAGGAUUACUAUAGAAGGUUCUCCGUGCAGAGGUGCGCUCGCUGCCACCUCGGGAUCUCAGCAUCUGAGAUGGUGAUGCGCGCGAGGGACUCCGUGUACCACCUGAGCUGCUUCACGUGCACCACGUGCAACAAGACCCUGACCACAGGCGAUCACUUCGGCAUGAAGGACAGCCUGGUGUACUGCCGGGUCCACUUCGAGACCAUAUCCCAGGGAGAGUACCCCCACCCUGGCCUCAACUAUGCCGAGAUGGCGGCUAAAGGUGGAGGUCUGGCGCUGCCAUACUUCAAUGGCACUGGAACGGCCCAGAAGGGAAGGCCUCGGAAGAGGAAGAGCCCCGCCAUGGGCAUAGACAUCACCAGCUACAACUCAGGUUGUAAUGAGAAUGAUGGGGAACACCUGGACCGUGACCAGGCCUACCCUCCAGCCCAGAAGAACAAGCGCAUGCGCACCUCCUUUAAGCACCACCAGCUCCGCACCAUGAAGUCCUACUUUGCUAUCAACCACAACCCCGACGCCAAGGACCUCAAACAGCUGGCCCAGAAGACAGGCCUCACCAAAAGAGUUCUCCAGGUAUGGUUCCAAAACGCAAGAGCCAAAUUCAGAAGGAACGUUUUGCGACAGGAGAAUGGUGUUGACAAGGCCGACGGCACGUCACUCCCUCCGCCCUCGUCCGACAGCUGCGCUCUGACGCCCCCCUCCAGCGCGGCCACACUAACAGACCUGACCAAUCCCUCUAUCGCUGUAGUGACCUCCGUCACGUCUAGUUUGGACAGCCAUGUUUCGGGGAGCCCCUCACAGACUACCUUGACAAACCUUUUCUAGCAAGCUCUACGACUCCUAGCAAGAACAACGACAACAACAACAGCAGCGUUUAAUCAGGAGGAGAUUAUUUUGAUGUGUAGCAUUUGCAACCGCUUGGCAGCUGAGUUUGUAGUCAAACUAUUUAGUGAUUGGUUUUGUGUCGAGGACGUUUUGAAUCUGGAAGGCAUUGACAAAUCAUUAUAGAGGGUUCAACAAUCUGGGUCAGAGCCCAAAUUAAAUUAUUUAAAUGGUAAUAGUAUAUUAUUUUUUACUUUAUUUAAUUUAAUUUGUUCAUUUGAUUUGAUUUAGUCUAAAUUGACCCCGCCUGAUAAUUCAUUUUAAAUCAUUAAUACUAUGUUAGUCCUAUUUAAGGCAUAUUUCGAUCUUAUUUUAUUUUUAUUUUUUAAAUCUUUGAAAUAUGAAUUUUCAUAAUGUUGUUUAAAAGAUCAUUCAGAGUUAUCCUGGAUGUUACAAGAUAUUGGAGCAUUAUAGAGAUGAGUAAUUUCUCGUCUCUAAAUUACGUUGUAUACAUUACAACAACCCAAACAUUACAACUCUAAUGCCAGGUGGCUGUAGUGACGUCAACAUGCAUUUUGUCUUAACAUGAUACGCCUCAACUGUGAUAGAAAAUAAUAAGAACAGAACACACCUCUAGAUCUGUACAGUGGUAACUGUCCAACAUGUAAUGCAGUCACGUUGAUAUUAGAAGGAGUUCAACUAUAGAAAUCAGUGAGGGAAAUAUUGAUUGGGACAGAGUUCUUGGGCACUGUUUGAAAUUAUUAUUUUCAUGAUACUUUUACUAAUCUGUUGGCCUCAUUUUACAUACCAAACACACAAAUGGAAAAACAAUUCUGUUGGCCUCAUUUUACAUACCAAACACACAAAUGGAAAAACAAUUCUGUUGGCCUCAUUUUACAUACCAAACACACAAAUGGAAAAACAAUUUUGUUGGCCUCAUUUUACAUACCAAACACACAAAUGGAAAAACAAUUCUGUUGGCCUCAUUUUACAUACCAAACACACAAAUGGAAAAACAAUUUUGUUGGCCUCAUUUUACAUACCAAACACACAAAUGGAAAAACAAUAGUUUAUCUGGAUUCAGCGAGCCCGUAGAAUUACUGUUAAAUACAGUUGCACAGUGACAAUAAACUGCCCAAUGAAAAGUGCAUUAUUAUUAUUAUCAUCAUGUUUCUCAGGGUAAAGAAGGGUUGAUUCUGAAAAAGGUAAGAUGGUAGGAGAGGAAGCUAAUAAAAAGUGAGGGAUGACGAUAUGGAAGAUUAGAUGUGUAGAGCUGACAGAAACAUCAACAAUAACCCCAGAAAAGCUGGAGAUAUUCGACAGUCGGUGGGACAAAGAAAUCCCCCUCCACCUUUUCUCCUUGGCCAUAUUUCAACUUUACCGACACUUGCUACUGAACAGACCAAAUGAUAUUUCCCCCUCUGGCUGAUUUCAGGGGAAAGAGAGACAAGAGGAAUAGAAGGAUUGCUUUUUGACGGGGUUAAACUUUUGUUUGUCUCCUGGGCCAGCUGUUUAAGGUCGUUGGCGUUGGGUUGUGGUUGAUAGCAAAGCAGGACUACAUGGUGCGAAUUAGGAGAAAGAAAAAAAGACGAGUCCUGGCUGCAGGGUUCAAACAUUGUAUUGUAAUUGUCACAAUUUGUUCUACUGUAGAACAUAGCGUUACUCUCAAUCUACUUGAUGAAGUAGAUGCUUAACUCAAUUCUACUAUGUGCCUUAUGCUAUAACUUGGAAGAAAGUUUGUAAACUUCAGGAUUAUAUGUGUUGUUUGUUGACUGAUUCACAUCCUUGUGACGCCUCACUAGUUUUGUACUGUUUUGCAUCUUAUUUCUGAAGAUCUUUUUAUGGUGUAUCCUGUCAGAAAGGAGGCAGCGAUGUCUUAGAAAGCGUUUGUGCACUUCUUUCAGAUAUAGUUGGUUGAUUCCAAUAAUCUUCGUGUUAAUAGUUGAGUACAGUGAGUGUUCUAUCGAGAUUGUCCAUGUUUCCCUGUUUCUUGACAAAGAUGGUGUAUAGAAACUAUUUCUCCUUAAAUAUUUAUGGACCAAACGGUUGUUAUAUAUCUUAUUAAAUUUGUGUGAAUAAAAAAUACUUUGUUUUAAAUG